AUGCUGGAGAGCACGGUGCUUCACCAGAGCCGCACUGGGCCGAGAGGGCAACCUAACGAUGUGGUCGGGAUCAACUGGAAGGCACCCACCAGGUCUCACCCCAGCCCUUCGCUGGUGGUGACUUGCGCACACCAAGUCGUGGUCUACAAGCCGGGCGAGGAGCGAAGAACACACCAGUGGUCCUUCAAGCCCUCGGCGGCGACCGUGCUCUCGCACCCGGCGGUGUUCCUGCCGUCGCGCUCGCGAUACGUCGGCGUGCAGCAGGGCUCCACCCUGGUUAGCUGGCGGGAGAGCGAGCAGGAUGUCAAGCACCCACUCUCUUCGCAGGCCGCCGGCCCAAUACAAGCGGUCCACGCCUGCCCCCGCCUGGGCGACUACUUCGUGGCCGUUCUGGCCUCAGGAGGCGUCGUCCUCUACCAGGGCGGGCUGCAGCGCGCGGCGCACUGCGACGCCGCCGCCGGUGGCGGCGGCGGCGGAGGCGACGACAGCGGGGGCUCCGCCGGCGAUGCCAGGGCAAAGGCGGUGUGGUCGGGCGUCCUCGGCGACAGGGUGCUGGUCCUCGAGAACACCGGCGCCGCCACCGACCGCGUCACCACCUUCUCCUUGUCCGCGGGAGGUGUGGGGUCAUCGUCGGUGCGUCGAGACGACGCCUGCGCCGCGGCGGCAGAUGUCCCGGCUUCCGUCACCCUAGUGUCUUCGCACAUUCUGACGAAACCGUCGAGCGGAGGCGGGAGCCAGGACGGAGGAAGGGCGGCGGCGACCUCGGCGGCGUUUCUUGGGCGCGAUAGCGGCGGGAGCGGGGAAGGGCGCAGCGUGAUAUCGGUGGCGUGGCGCACGUCGAGCGGGCCGGUCUGGACGAAGGCGGUGGUCGGCGCCGGCGGGGUGACGGAGGAGUUCGCGCGGCACGCGGGAGGGGAGGUGGUUGCCGGCAGCCGCCGCGCGACCGAGCACAACGGCAACGGGGUCGUGUCCGUCUCUUCGAGCAACGGCCACGGCACCCCCAAGGCCAAGUCGAAGAAGCCGGCGGGAAAUCAAUCCUCUGUCGGCGAAGGUAGCGGCGCUGCCUGGGCCUGCGUCCCUGCGAUUGCCGCGGCGGACGGCGGACGUCUCCUGAUCCACAGUGGCUCCGGCGGGGACGCGAGCCCUCGGCUCGCCGUGUGGGACUCCUCGUACGGCGUGCUCCUCGAGGACGGGGUCGCGCCGGAGUUUUCGAGCGACGGCGGCGGGGGGGGGUCGGCGUCACGGUCGUCGGGGAGAGCCGUCGGCCUGAAGGUGUCCGGGGACGGCGCCCACCUCGCCAUCGCGGCAGCGGGCAAAGUGCUGGUGUGUCCGCUCCCGGCGCAGGCGGCGGGGACACUGGCUUCUCUGUUGAGGCGAAAGCGUCCCUCCCCCAGCGCUAUCGGAGGGAGCACCGUCAUCCCCGCCGGGCGUGGGUCGAGUUUCCCGUCGAUCGACCUCUCCCGCAGCGUCCCGGCGUCGACGCUCCUCGGAAAGACCGGCGCCGUGGAGGCGGGGAAGUGGGAGGCGGCGGUAGUGGUGCCGUUUCGGGAGGCCGAGGCGGGCGUGAUCCGGUCGCUCCGGGAGGCCGCCCGCCGAAAAGACAUCGGAGCGUUCGAGCAUGUGCUUCGGGAACACCUGGGGGCGGGUUCUCGCAGUAGUGACGGCAGGGGGGAGGACGGGCGCAAGAAGAGGCAGCGGGGGGACGGGGGGGGGUUCUCCUCGGCGGUCGUCGCGUCUGCGGUUGAGCUGUGCCUCGCGAACCCGGACGCGAAGCUCUGGGGAGGCCUUGGGGUGUUGGUGAGGUCGGGCGGGGUGUCCGCGCGGCAUCACCGGGGACUGGUGGCGGAGAUCGUCGAGCAUGCCUCGCCCGAGCUGCUGGAGGAGGUCAUGCUCCACGUCCCCGAUCUCCCGGAGGUAGAUGCGGUGCGAAUUCUCCGGCACUUCCUCUCACAAGCUGCGACGCUGGCUGAGGCUUCCAGCGAUCCCGCAGCGGCGGAAGUAGCGGCGGCGGUGGUGCCCGUGGUUCCCAACGAGGAGAGCGGGGGGGCUCCUCCGGCCAAAAGAGCUAGAGGCGGCAACGGCGGCGGAACCGCGAGCGCGGGGGGUUCGCCGGACGUCGCGAACGGCGGGGGGGGGGUAGUGGUUUCGGUGCUAAGCCCGUCGGAGAAACGCGGCGUGAAGGUAAAGGGUGCCGGUGGCGAUGUUGUCGUCAAGGCGGGGAAGAAGAUGAAGAAGGUGGGGGGUGUCAAAGUGGCGGCGGCAGGCGAGGACGGCAACGGCGCCGUCAUCCACGAGAACGCUAACGCUAACGCUAACGGCGACGGCAAGACGAUUACGACCAACAGUGGCCAUCUCUCCAACGGCCACGCCGCCGCUCACGACGACGGGGGGACUUCCAGCGACAGCGGCGGCGGUUCCGACGCGGGGGGUACGCAGAUGGUGGUGGUCGCGGGGGGAGGGGAGAAGGGCACUGGAGCUGCUGCCACGAAGGGCCAGAAAGAAACGGGCAGCAAGAAGAAGGCGGGAGGCCCACGGGCGGCGGCGGCGGCGGCAGCCUCGCGGGCGGAGAGAGGGGUGCGAGUAGCGCUGACCCUGCCGCACAACGAGGCGUUCUUGAGGUCGGCGCUGGCGGAGCUCAGUCACGGCGAGGUGGUGGUCGUGUUGAAGAUCCUCACCCGCCUCCUGGUUGAAGGAAAGACCCUGGAAACCGGCGCCAAGCCUCGAGGACAAAACGCCGCGUUGGUGGCCCGCGGGCUACCCCCGGCCCGUACGGAGUCAGUCUUGACGUGGGCAUGCGCGGUGCUAGACUCCCACUUCACCCGGCUCGCGAUAGGGGGUGCCGCGGAUGGGGAUCUCGUGGGGACCCUGAAGGCCCUGAAGAGGGCCGCCAGGGUGGAGGCGGGGUGCUGCGAGCUCUUGUCCCAGGUGCGGUCUCUUGUGGACGAGGUCGGAAGGCGACACGCGGCGGCGGCGGCGGCGGCGGCUUCGCGGAGAAGGCCGUCGUCGUCCUCCCGCGAGCUCUUCAGCCUCCGCGUGUUGACCUUCUAGUAGCUAGCUGCUUCUCUGUUGUGGUGGUGGUGUUUGUCCCCCGGGAUCUGUGACAAGGGGCAUUAGGGUCGUGCGAGGGUCGUUGUGGGUUCUUCCUCUUGUUUGUCUAGCCCUACAGUAGGUUUUCCCGGGAGUAAACGGGGCAUGGGAUAAGAGUGCGAGGGUCAAGCUUUCGAGAUCGAGCUGCUGUUGUGAGUUGAGUGGGGACUUGUUCGGAGUCGUCUCUUGCGAUAGGGCGACUCGGGAACAGCAAGUUCGCGGAGGACACGAGCGCAGAAUAGACACCACGUCCAUCUCCGUGAUGGCCGUGCUUCCGAAGUGUUGUCGAUUGUUUUUCGAUUAUCCUGACAUUGGUAUCUUCGGGUCAAGGUGAUUGUGGUCCCGAUGUGUGGAGAAGAGUCUGUUUCCGCAUGAGCGCUGGUGAUGGUCUUACGGGAGAGGGCAAGAUGCCCAUCUGGGCGACUCUCCUCUUUAGUGAUUGAAGUCGUGGUAACUCCUUGCCUGUGUGGGGGGUGGCGGUGGCGGGAGGGUAGAAAUUUCCGUGGAAACGCCAUGGAAUGUUCCACAGAAAAGGGUGGAGGGACUGCUGGCUGGAUUGCUUCGUUUUCUGUGUGCCGCAUGCGGUGGGGGGUAUCGAGCGGUGUGCUUUUGGGGGUGUGACGGGUGCGAUUAUGACGUCGCAGCUUUUUGUUGGGAGUGUUUGAAAGAAUGCUGUAUCACCGCGAUGAUUGCGCUUGUCGGUGCGGCUGGUGUUUUUUAUUGUUUUUCCAUCGGGGGGCGGGUUCAUUUGCAUGAUGGGUUUACGGAAACAGCUGAGCUAUUAGUCUAAGACUUGGGGACAACGGGUACCCCCCUCCCCUCCCCUUUGACACUCUCAGACGCCUCCAAAAUGUGUGAUUGUUAUGGCUGUCGUCGGUGAGAGUGAGGCUAGGAGAUCGAACCUCAUCUUUCUUCCACAUUUUAUCUCCUUCGAGCAUCUAGUUACUAGUAAGGAGAGGUCUCCUACGCACUACACGUUUGUCAUUGGUUCUUGCCGUACGUUGGUUCGCCGAUGACGUCAUUAGUGCGCUGUUGGGUGGUGAUGCUUUGAAUUUUAUUGUUGUCCUUUCUGUGACGCGACAUAGGAUAUUGAUGUGGGGCGUUCAUUGCAUGUGUGUUGAGUGACGGUUGGAAGCGCAGCCUAGUGACGAGCCGCUUAGGGUUUCGAAAUGAAACAGAUGAAUCUGAAACACG